AAAUCAAUCAAUCGAUCAUAAUGACAUUAACUUAAACACUCUCAUUAAAAACCAUUUAAAAUAUUACAACUACCUAAUUGUCGAAUCAAAUGUCGACUUAAAGAAGACAAAUACUUUGAUAUGAAUCUGGUUUUAAUUUGUUAUUCAGAACUAGUUUUGGGAGACUUUGAAGUUUACUUUCUGUGCUUUGUUCAUCUGAAAAAAUGGAGAUUUUCUCUCUCCUAACCCACUUUCGUACUUCCACCAACUCCUUCUUUUCUCAAUAUGAGCCACUUGUUUUAAUUCUUGCUCCAAUUUUCUCUCUUUUUAUUGCUCGAUUUCUUCAUUCUAUUCUUACUGUUGUUCUUGAAAAUGGGAUUAAAUCCACUCUUAUAGCAUCCUUUAUGUACAUGAUCAAGUUGAUUCCUGGUGUUAAUCGUUACCUGGAUGCUGAAAAACAGAAGGUCGUAGAUAAGUUGCAAUCAGGUAAUAAGUCGAAAAGAGAUGGUUGGAGAACUGAAUUGCCGGCUUCUGGCUUAGGAAGUCGAGUGAUUGAAAUGAUGAAAGAGGAAAAGAGAAAGGAUGUGGCAUGGCAAGGCAAAUGUUCUGGUACAGUAUACAUUGGAGGAACUGAGUUUGAAGGUCAUUUUUCAUUGAUAAAUGAAGCAUGCUCAAUGUUUGCACAUACCAACCCGUUACAUUUGGAUGUUUUCCAAAGUGUCGUACAUUAUGAGGCAGAAGUAGUUGCAAUGACAGCUGCACUGCUUGGGGGUAAAGAAAAGGCGUCUGGAGGUCAGAUAUGUGGAAAUAUGACUUCAGGAGGCACCGAGAGUAUAGUAUUGGCUGUCAAGUCCUCACGUGACUAUAUGAAAACUAAGAAGGGAAUCAAAAACCCAGAAAUGAUUAUCCCUUUAUCUGCCCACUCAGCAUAUGACAAAGCUGCCCAGUAUUUCAACAUUAAACUUAGGCGUGUUCCUGUGAACAGUGAGUUUCAGGCUGAUGUGAGAGCAAUUAGACGUUCUAUCAACAAAAACACCAUCUUGAUUGUUGGAUCUGCACCUGGGUAUCCACAUGGCAUUAUUGAUCCCAUAACAGAACUUGGCCAACUAGCGAUGAGCUUUGGGGUCUGUUUACAUGUUGAUCUUUGUCUUGGUGGAUUUGUUCUGCCUUUUGCACGUAAACUUGGGUAUCCAAUUCCACCUUUUGAUUUUUCUGUCCAAGGAGUUACCUCAAUAUCUGUUGAUGUACACAAAUAUGGCUUGGCCCCCAAAGGAACCAGUGUAGUUCUCUACCGAAAUCAUGAAAUCAGGAAGCAUCAAUUUGUUGCCGUUACUGAGUGGUCUGGUGGUCUUUAUGUCUCUCCAACCAUUGCUGGGAGCAGACCAGGUGGUCUUAUUGCUGGUGCAUGGGCAGCGAUGAUGUCUUUGGGUGAGGAAGGGUACUUAGAGAAUACAAGACAGAUUAUGGAGGUAUCAAAGAAGAUUCAGGAAGGAAUAAAGGGAAUUCCAGAGUUGUUUGUCGUUGGGAGGCCUGACAUGACUAUUGUGGCAUUCGCGUCCAACAUUGUUGAUAUUUUUGAAGUUAACGACUUGAUGUCAUCUAAAGGCUGGCAUCUAAAUGCCCUGCAGCGACCCAACAGCCUGCAUAUCUGUGUGACUCUUCAGCAUGUAUCAGUGGUUGAUGACUUCCUAAAAGAUUUGCAGGAGUCUGUGCAAAAGGUGAAAGAAAAUCCAGGUCCAAUCAGUGGAGGACUUGCCCCAAUAUAUGGUGCUGCUGGGAGAAUGCCUGAUAGAGUUAUGGUACAGGAAUUGCUGGUAAAUUUCAUGGACGGCACGUGUUGAUAUGCCCUUUCUUAAGCCUUCCUAUCAUCUUUAUACAGUUCACAUUUUAAUUUGGAACAAGAUUGAAUGACAUCUUAGAUCAUUCCACCCUAUACAGUGUGAAAGGGGUGGGAUUGAAUGUUUUAGGGAUGCAAGAUAUAAGUAUCUCAAAACAUUUACACACAGUCACCAUUAUCGUAGUAAUAUGCCUCUGGGAGAAUGUUUUGUGUCCCUUACAAAUAUGACAGUAACUAUUAAAUGAUGUUCUCUAAGUGUAAAGAAAUAUUGUUAUGUCAAAAUGAAGAAGACUCUUUCAAGAUCGUUUGGAUCGAUUAUUAGUGA